AUGCGCCGUCAACCUGACAGCCGCCUACAAAGCGGCCACACGGGUGACGGUGACUAUGGUGAUACUAGCAGCUCCGACGGCAUUGCACGUUCGACCGGUUCCGGUGACUCCGACAGACAAGCUGCCACUCGCCCCGUCAUUAGAGCUCCAUCAAGCUUUAUUAGCCGAGUGAGUACUCCCGAUCAACCGUAUGCAAGUUCCAGGCAAGUCAGCUCGCCCUUUUCGCCAAGGACACCAGUCAGCGAACGCACAAUCUACGACGCGAACGGACAGUCCAUUCAUGAAACGUAUAAGUGGAGACCAAGCACGAACACCAGCCCAGCAAGAUCGCCUCCUCCUGUGUCUCCUGCAAUCCGCACCGGCAGCCCUCGUCCGCGUUCAAAUGCCCAAAAUGUCUCGAACAGACCUCAGACGCGCAGCAUUCCAGGACACUGGGCCAUGGGCCAGGAGUCUAAGGUAAAGAUACUGGGAAUCCCAAAGCAAUGCUGGACCAAGGAUGUCUAUUUCUCGAUGUCCAGAUUUGGCACUGUCGUCAGAGUCGACAUGGAGGUCUGUAGCCGGGAUAACAAUGCAUGGGUUGUGUACCAGCCUCCUUCCGAUAGUCUCCCAUCUCAGCUUCAAGUUGGCGGAAAGCUCGUACGGUGCGAAUUUCACCAACCUGCCAUAUACACUGUCCCUAGCCCGGUCGAUCCGGCAAUUCAGUACCAGGAGCUCAACAUACUCUUUGCCGACUCGAUCAGCUUCGGUGUGCAGAAUGGAGAGAAGAGCUUGGUGAACAUGCACGAAAUUCACGCCAUUGGUAAAGUGCAGAUAAAGCUAAAACUGAGACGAAAAGAGCUUGAAGUGCAGUUCCCAUUGAGAGUCGACGGACGAAACCAUAACUUUUCCUUUCUAUUGCCAAUCUCCCAGCUCUCACGCAUGUACAAAACAGACGAUGGCAAGUCAAUCUCAUCACUGAUCAUCCCCUUCGAUCGUCCACCUCGAUUUUUCGAUCAGAAGCAGCCGAAGAUGAACGAUGACAGCCUAUUUCCAACGAAAGAGCGUUCUUGGAAUAUCUGGAGUACGGUAUUCCGCGAAACCGACGUGGUCGGUGACCGCACAAGAGUAGAGUUGCAGAAGACAGCAUUGACGACCCACAAAGAGUUCUCCAUCAUUGACAUAGGCCGCUGGACAGCAUAUCGUCUGUCCUUCAAAAACACUGCACUCUCUGGUCCGAAGUUCGCAGAGUUUCGUAAAGCGCUCAGCGACUUCGGAGUCACAGUGGAGGACUGCGAGCAAUUCAACAUCAUUUCGAAGUGCCCAAACAAACUGACUGAGAUACUUGGAGAUGAACACAAAGGCUCGUACUCUCACCUCAUUCCUUCGCAGAAGCCUUCGUCUACACUCGACGAUCUUGCUCUCGAUCAGAUCUACCUGACGUUCCCCGUACGAUAUCAGCUCGAAGCCUGCCUGUCGAACAGUCUUCUCAAGGAGAGCGGCGUGACGCGCGAAUUCCUCCGGAAGCUCGAAUCAAUGAAUCCAUUUCAGGCCGCUCACAUCCUGGAGAAGGUGGUCGACAAGCAGAAAGUCUACUACGACCCGAUGGGAAUCUUUGAGAUACGUUCAAAGGUCACACGUCAGCGGCCAAUACCCAAACACUGUGUAAUGCAGCGAUCCGUCAACAUUACACCUACAAUGAUGCAUGUCGCAUCGCCCAUCAUGGAGAUCUCCAACAGAAUUACGCGACAAUACAUCGCUGAUACUGAUCGUUUCAUUCGUGUCAAGUUCUCCGACGAGAAGGGCGAAGGUGUUUUGAGGAAUAUGCCAGGCGGUAGAGCUGAUGCGCUUUUUGCUCGAGUGAAUCAUGCCAUGAAGAAUGGGAUCGUUGUCGCUGGCCGUUACUACGAGUUCCUUGCUUUCGGGAACUCCCAAUUUCGCGAACAUGGCGCAUACUUCUACGCCCCGACGUCUACUAAAUCGGCGCACGACAUCCGCUUGACUUUAGGAAGGUUCGAACAUAUCAAGACUAUCGCCAAAUACGGCGCUCGAUUGGGUCAAUGCUUUUCUACCACUCGCGCUAUGCAGAAUACCGUACACCUCGUCACCAUUCCUGACAUCGAGCGAAACGGCUAUACUUUCACCGAUGGCGUUGGCAAGCUGUCUCUCUUCCUGGCUAAGAUGGCUGCACAGGAUCUAGGCUUGCACAAUGCUUUCGACAAUCCGCCGUCCUUGUAUCAGUUUCGUUUAGGUGGCUGCAAAGGUGUGCUUGCAUUAGAUCCAACUAUCACCAGGAAUGAGGUUCGCAUUCGUCCAAGUCAAGACAAGUUUGAGGCUCCUUUUACGGGCAUGGAGAUCAUUCGUUGCUCAUCACUUGCCACGCCAUUCUUCAACCGACAGAUCAUUAUCGUUCUAUCAAAUCUUGGCGUGCCCGAUCAUGUCUUCAUCCGCAAGCAGCAACAGAUGGUCAAAGCAUACGAGCUGGCUAUGACAGACAAAACGGAAGCAUUAAACUGCCUUCUAAAACACAUCGACAUGAAUCAGACAACUCUGGCGAUGGCCAGCAUGGUCCUGGAUGGGUUCUUGGACAGCCGGGAACCCUUCAUGAUAUCCCUCCUUCACCUUUGGAGAGCCAAGACCAUCAAGGAGCUGAAAAAGAAGGCUCGCAUUGCCAUCGCUGAAGGUGCUUUCGUGCUUGGCUGUGUCGACGAAUCUGGUACGCUACAUGGUCACUACAACGAGCCUCAGUCCCGACCUGGUGCAUCCAGGAACGAGAAGCUGAAGACACUGCCACAGAUCUUCAUACAAAUUGAUGACACCAGCAAGAAGGGACACUACAAAGUGGUCGAGGGUAUAUGUAUCCUUGCUCGUAACCCGUCGCUACACCCUGGAGAUAUUCGCGUCGUUCGUGCCGUCAAUGUUCCGGCUUUACACCACCACAAAAACGUUGUGGUACUUCCCCAGACUGGCGAUCGAGAUCUCGCAAACAUGUGUUCAGGGGGAGACCUUGAUGGUGAUGAUUACAUGGUACUGUGGGAUCAAGAGCUUAUCCCCACGACCAUUAAUGUUCCUCCAAUGGACUAUACUCCAGAGAAGCCGCUCGAGAAGAUUGGACCAAUCGACAUUUCAGAUGUCAGUGACUUCUUCGUCUCGUACAUGCAGAACGAUUCACUAGGCCAAAUCGCUCACGCACACUUGGCACAAGCCGAUCAGCAACCUGGGGGAGUGUCCAGCCAUACUUGCAUAGAGCUUGCGAAGCUACAUUCUCAGGCAGUUGAUUACCCCAAGAGCGGCAUUCCAGCUGUCAUGGAUAGUGUUUUGAGACCCAAGAAAUGGCCACACUUUAUGGAGAAGCGGUACAAAGCCCCAAAACAAAUUUACCAUUCCGAGAACAUCUUGGGGAUGCUCUAUGACGAAGUACAACUUGUCGAUUUCAAACCCGUUUGGGAGCCUGGUUUUGAUCAGCGAAUCCUGGGUAACUUACAGAUCGAAGAGCCUUUGCUGCAAAAGGCUACGGAGAUCAAGGCAGAAUACGAUGAUGAUUUGAGGAGACUGAUGGCGAAGCACGGUGUUCAAACAGAGUUUGAAGCCUUCUCAGUGUUUGUGCUGUCUCACAACGACGAGUCUCGCGAUUACAAAUUCGCUGAAGAGUUUGGUCGGACCGUUGAGGUGCUAAAAGCAAAGUACCGAGAGGCUUGUCUCAAGGCAUCGGGAGCAACAGCCGUUACAGAUUGGGAAUGCUUAGGACCAUUCAUCGCCGCCAUGUACUCAGUGACUGCGGAAGAGACGGGCAAAGCAGUGAGAGAAUGCAACGAAACGAAGAUUGUUGGAGGCCAGCGAGUGCCUGUGCGAGAGAUGGCAGCAGAGACUAUGCCCUUCAUGUCAUUUCCGUGGCUGUUUCAUGCGCAACUCGGCAAGCUUGCAACAGGCAAAUCACAGCUAAACCUUGAGGGUAUCCCAGGAAACCGACCGCAGAAAAGUCGCACGAACUACAUCAAGGAGACGGAGGAGCUAGGUAUGGUGGAGACUGAUGGAAAUAUCACACGCUUUGGAGAGAUGCUGAACUUAGACUUCGGUAAGUUCCGGGCCAACAAGCAGCAGGAGGAAGAUGAAGGCGAGGCACAGGGCGAACGGAAUGGGCGCGGGAUAUCACAUGGCGGGUCGCCGCCUGCCGCACCGCUGCCAGCAUCGAGACUUUGA